AUGGCAGGCUGGUUUUCUUCAACGUCGCCUCUCGAUGAGCAGAUCGAGCGGGCCACCGCUUCCUCUCUGGAAGAUAUCGCACUCAAUUUGGAAAUCUCGGACAUGGUGCGAUCUAAAAGUGUUCAACCUAAAGAUGCUAUGAGAUCCUUGAAGCGCCGCUUAGAGAACAGGAACCCCAAUAUCCAGCUGGCGACAUUAAAGUUGACCGAUACAUGUGUUAAGAAUGGAGGAACCCACUUCCUCGCCGAGAUCGCAUCCCGCGAGUUUAUGGACAACUUGGUGUCAUUGAUGAAGGCCGAAGGCGCUCCUCUGAACUCGGAUGUUCAACGCAAAGCUUUGGAGCUUAUACAGGACUGGGCAAUGGCAGCCCAGGGCCGAAUGGAUCUGAUGUAUGUGGGGGAGACAUAUCGCAAACUACAGAAUGAGGGAUUCCGCUUCCCACCGAAGACCGAAUUGAGCGGGAGCAUGUUGGAAAGCAAUGCGCCACCCGAGUGGAUCGACUCCGAUGUUUGUAUGCGAUGCCGCACGGCAUUCAAAACUGUGGAAAUGUCUUCGACGCCCAAUGCUCCAGCAAGACCAUCCCCCCUACCUCAUCUUGGAAUCCUUGAGCCCGUGCGAGUCGACGACGGAUGCUAUACGAAACUCACAUCAAAGUCUUUCGCCCCAGCAGGUUUAUCAGACCGAUCGACAUAUAAGAAUAACUCCAUCACCAAAUCCAACACGAUGGAGCCCCGCGGUGCUAAAGCAGAUACCAGCUUUGACGAUGACCUCCGUCGAGCGCUACAAAUGAGCUUGGAAGAAGCAGAAGGGAGAGGGCCCUCGGGAUAUGUGCCUCAGACCGGGAACGCCCCCCAGCCGACGACCACGACCGCAACUACGACCGAGGCUGCGGCGCCGGCUCCAGGACCUAGCAAUGUCGAAGAGGAGGAUGCCGACCUGAAGGCGGCGAUCGAAGCGUCCCUCCAAGACAUGGAGCAACACAAGCAGAACCACGCCGCAGCAUUGAAGAACAAUCCACCGCCGAAUUCUGCCUCGCGCGACUCGUCAGGUACCCCAAAGCCGGCUGUGCAAAAUCCCUACGAACUCAGCGCUGUAGAAGCUGAAAACAUUCAUCUCUUUUCAACACUUGUCGAUCGACUGCAGCACCAACCCCGGGGUACCAUCCUUCGCGAGCCUCAGAUCCAGGAACUUUACGACAGCAUCGGAGCUCUUCGGCCCAAGCUAGCUCGAAGCUACGGAGAGACGAUGAGCAAACAUGACACAUUACUUGAUCUCCAUUCGAAACUAUCCACUGUCGUUCGAUAUUAUGAUCGAAUGCUGGAGGAGCGUCUUUCGAGUGCAUAUUCCCAGCAAAACCUCGGUUACGGCGCCGUGCCCAGUGUAGCUCCGUACCCCAACAUGACUGGCUUGCCCUCUCAGGUUCCAAAUGGCAAAUCUGGAGCAGAAAACUUUUAUUAUGGUAACGCACCAGACGCGACUGGUCCAGCUGGCCCAACAUAUGCACCACCAUCCCAGACGAAUUUGAGUGGAUAUGACGCCCCUCCUGCGGGUGUCACAAGUCCUUCGUAUCCGCCACACUCACAAUAUGCAGCCCCUGGGAGUGAAUCCACCUGGGGUCAAAAUCCCUAUCCGUCAUUGGGGUCUCCUCCGCCCAGUGCACCCCCCAACAAUGAUGCUGUUGCAACUGGUUACGGUGGACCGGCACAGUACUAUGCGUCCCAACAGGAUCAGGAACCGCAGCAAUCCGAUACUCCAUACCAACAACCAUCACCUUUACUGCGGCGAGAUUCACAAUACCAGUCUAAUGCGCCAGGGCCACACUCCCCCGAGCAAGUCCAAACACCGACAUAUUCCACCGUGCCACCGGCUACUCACCAACAUCCAAGCGGACAUCCACCUCAGUCCUACUAUUAUCAGCCGCAGCAGGCCAGUACGGUGCCGUCUGCAUACCCGCAGGUACCAACGGGCCAACCAGGACAAUAUUCGGAAGUAAACCAGAAGCAGCAAUCCGCACGGGUGGAGGAGAGCUUGAUUGAACUAUAG